UGUAUCUCUUCCUUAGUUAAAGUACACGACUCCUCUUCAAGUGGCAAAUGCUCCUAACUUGGAUGCAAUAGCUUCAGCUGGUGUUAAUGGUCUGAUGGAUCCUGUUGAAGCAGGCUUGGGUUGUGGGAGUGACACUGCACAUCUGUCUCUACUAGGCUAUGAUCCAAGAAUCUAUUACCGGGGACGAGGAGCAUUUGAGUCGAUGGGUGCUGGAUUAGCCAUGUCACCAGGAGAUAUUGCCUUUAAGUCAAAUUUUGCCACUUUGGAUGAGGAAAGUGGAACUGUGACGAGCAGGAGGGCUGAUAGGCACUUUGAGGAAGAAGGCCCUAUUCUUUGUGCUGCAUUGGAUGGAAUGAAGCUGCCAUCUUUUCCAGAAUAUGAAGUGAGAGUCAGGUAUGCCACCGAGCACAGAUGUGGGGUUGUUGUGAAAGGACCAAAAUUAAGUGGAGAUAUUUCUGGAACUGACCCAUUGAAAGAUAACCGCUUACUUCUGAAGGCAGAGGCUCUAGAUGACACAGAGGAAGCAAAAAACACAGCAGCUGUAGUCAAUGAACUGUCAAAAGAAAUGUCAAAGAUUCUAGUAGCUCACCCUGUCAAUGCAAAAAGGUUAGCAGAAGGAAAGAAUAUUGCAAAUGUUGUACUCUUACGAGGUUGUGGCAUACGGAUCGAGGUCCCUCCAUUUGAGAAGCAACAUGGAUUAUCUCCAUGCAUGGUAGCUCCCACAAAAAUCAUAGCAGGAUUGGGUUUGUCAUUGGGAAUUGACAUUCUUCUAGCACCAGGAGCAACUGGGGAUUACCGGACACUUCUAACAUCGAAGGCUACAGCAAUAGCAAAAGCACUAUCUGUUCCGCUACAGACUCCUCCAUUCAUCUUUGUGCCAGGGGAGGAUGAACAUAGACCUGGCCGAGCUCAGGGAUAUGAUUUUGGAUUCCUUCACAUAAAGGCAAUAGAUGACGCUGGUCACGAUAAGGCAAGCAUUUUGAAGGUUAAGGCCCUGGAAGCUGUUGAUAGAGCCAUAGGUCAGCUGGCAAGACUCUUAUGGCAGGCAGAAAAAACUGGCAACUUUCAAUUCUAUUUAUGUGUCACUGGAGAUCACUCAACUCCUGUAGAGUAUGGCGACCACAGUUUCGAACCAGUUCCAUUUGCUUUAUGUCAAUUAAGGGACUUCGUUAGAUCCAUGGGAGAAUCAAAUAUAAACAACGUUUCUCUGGAGCCUUUUCCACUUCCUUCAGUGAAUGCUGGGGAAGAUCUGACUGACAUAAUAAAAGAAUCUCAGGAAGUGAACAAAGACCUUAAAGCUUUCAACGGAGACUCAGUCUGUCAGUUCAGUGAGAUUGCAGCUGCAAGGGGUUGCUUAGGAAGGUUUCCUGGAAGUGAGAUGAUGGGGGUGAUAAAGAAGUUUAUCAAAAUGAAGAAUGAAUAGUUCUAAAUGUAUUGAACUACGAGCAGAAUCUUUUGAACUGAACUUAUAAAUGAACUGAUAAUCUUGAGCUUGUAUCAGUUAACAUAAAAAAUAUUUAGUCCUGACUGCUUGGAAAUCACCAGGCUCAAAUAACUUGUUUGCCAAU